AUACUGUAGGUGUGAUAUACCGUAAACAGACAUGUACAUUAUGUGAAGAGUACAAACAUGUUGAUGUUUCGUAUACGAAAUGUUAUAAAAGUUUGGCUCUCAGAGCGAAGAGGGGAGCGGUAAUUGAUAAGUCUACCAUAGGUUUGUACGAGAACUACAAAUAUGGCUGAAGCACCAAAAUAUAGAUUGACAUACUUUGUCACUAGAGGACGGGCUGAACCUAUCAGACUUCUGUUGGUUGAUGCUGGGAUCGAGUUUGAAGAUCGGAGGUUUACAGACGAACAAUGGCUCGAGAGGAAAAAAUCAGGAGAAUUUCCUUUGAACCAAUUACCAAUCCUAGAGGCUGAUGGGAAAACAAUGGUGCAAAGUCGGGCAAUCAUGCGUCAUCUGGCUAGAAAAUAUGGUUACAAUGGAGCGACAGAAGAGGAAACAUAUCAGAUCGAUGUUCUCUGUGAGGCUUUGGAGGACUUGGUUGCUAGUGUGUUUAAUAUCGUAUUUAGCGACUUCGACCAAGCUUACAAGGACAAACUCAAAGAGAAUCUUCCACAGACUAUCAUUCCUCGCCAGCUGAAGUUCUUAGAGAAGGCUCUUGAAGACAACCCUUCAGGGAGCGGCUACUUCGUUGGUCAAGAUGCUACCUUGGUUGAGUUUACGUACUUCACCUUUAUCGAGAAUGUGUUGAACAUGUUCCCUGAUGUUAUGGAUCCAGCUGAAUAUCCCAAACUUCAUGCGAACCGAGAGCUGGUGAGAUCUAGGGAGAAGAUUGCCGCUUACCUUCAUAAGCAAAUACCAUCCUACAUGUAAACCUCCAGCAGCCACCAUCGGGACGUCCAGAGUUUGGUUCUUUAGUAGAAGGUUACUACUUAUUCUGCAGCUGAAACACCACCCACCACCCACCCACCUCCACCUCCAACACCAUCACCAUCACCACCACAACCACCGCCACCAACAACAAUUUAAUGAACAACAACGACUACGACCACCACCACCACCACCACUACUCCUACAACUUCUACUACUCCUACUACUACUACUACUACUACUACUACUACUACUACUACUACUACUACUACUACUACUACUACUACUACUACUACUACUACGACUACUUCUACUAGUACUACUAUUACUACUACUACUACUACUACUACUACUACUAAUGCUACUUCUACUUCUACUUCUACUUCUACUUCUACUACUACUACUACUUCUACUACUACUACUGCUGCUGCUGCUGCUGCUACUACUACUACUACUACUACUGCUAGUACUACUAAUACUUUUACUUCUUCUUCUUCUACUACUACCACUAUUACUACUUCUACUACUACUACUAUUACUACUACUACUACUAGUACAGUAGUAGUACUACUACUACCACUACUACUGCUUCUACUACUGCUACUACUACUACUACUACUACUACUACUACUACUCUGAACAACUUCUAAUUAGUUUUUCACUGUUUAGAAGAUGGACUGGUCAAGCAGUACUAUACUUUUUUAUAUUGUCUUUAAUUUCAAAUCGCUGUAUUCUGUACGUUAGAUGAAUGAUUAUGCCACGCAUGCUAUUAUGUUGAGUCUUCUGAUAUUAUAUUUUUGUAUAAUGUUUACUUGCAUGUUCGAACAGUAAAUAUAUCAAAUCUAGUAGCAUGUAUUACGAGAAGUUUGUGGCCUGUAAUUUUGUUCAAUUUCAUGUAUAUAAAAAAAUUGUAGUAUCCCUCUGAAAAUAAAUUGAAAACGUUGAAUCAGUCUGUAUAUGUACCAAUACUUAAUACAGACUGUAACCAUAGUAGCUCGCACUUUUCUCAUACCAUUUGCUAUAAGUUGCUAUCUCCUUUUAGUGUAAGUUACACGAUUGGCUCGAAAAAUACGAGAAAGAAACGCGCCAAAAGUACAACCACCUGUGUUAUCGUACGUUAUGCUACCGAAUAUAUGAAGAAUAAAAGUAGGCAGGGGGAAUAUGAAAAAGGAUAAGGUUUGGCCUAGAUGCAUGCAUGCUAAAAGCGUGACAAUCCAGAAAUUUAGGAUUUAGCCCCAGGAAGAUAAUAAAAAGACGGGUAAAGAGGGGUGAGUGUAGAGCAGUGUUUGGCCUGACAGAGUUUCCCCUGGGCAGUAGGAUGUAAGAGUUAUGCACGUGGAGGUGGCUUGGUAUAUUGAAUUUUCGUAAACUUUCGUUCUGAACUAUAUAUUUUACUAUGAGUGAAUGAAGAAAUUCCUUGAAUACGAAUAAGUUGUGUUGGAGGGCACCAUUAUGGGUGGAGGGGGGGGGGCAGGAGCAGGGGUAGUCACCCUCCAGCAAAAUAUUAGAGGAUAAAUAUAGAUAUUUCCCC